CUUACAUCCCCGAUGUCCGAGCUUGACAGGAGAGUCCUUGUCAUGUAAGCGCCAUCGGAUGUCAUGCACUCUCAGUCGUUCAGUUGGAAGCCACCCCGGAGUCAGAGGCAGCGUUUUUCCCUCGUUACACGGACGAGUCGAUGUAUGAAGACUUGCUGGAAAUAUCACUUGCUCAACAACUUGUAGAGGUCGCGAAGCGCUCUGAGGAAGAUAUAGAUACAAGCCAUAGUCGAAGUGAGAGAACGGAUUCACGUUCGGGUAUGUACGUCUCUUAAACUUCAAAAAGAUGGAGUCAAGCACCUUACAGACAUUAUAGGUGCGCGAUGGAGACUGGACAGCGCUGAAAGUGAAUAGAAUCUCUGAAGGUCAUCAUCUCCCUAUUCUCUGUCUGUCCCUCUCCUUCACCUCCUUCGAUAUCUUCAACGCCGGACAUGCUAUUAGGAGGACUGGCUGCGAAUUCACAAGCUUGGGACCUUUUCGCGCACAUGCGCUACGUUGCGCACCCAACCCCAGAUGCUCAUCUUUACGCAUUGGUGAUCCGCACUUGUGCUUCGACUUUCUUAUCUCCCGAACCCAAGCGUGCCCUAGACCUGUGGACUGAGAUGCUCGACGCGGGAAUUGUGCUGACCGAAGGGUAUACGAUGCAGUGAUCCGUGCUUGUGCGAAGGCUGGAGGAGAAUGGUCUCUGAGGUCAUCAGCUUUGCGCGGCAGAUGUGCGACCGCUUUGGAGGCGACUGGUUACGAACGUCCCUUUUUUCGGAUAUUCCUACAUUCACCAGUUGCACUCGGCUGCGGAACGAUGUUCCCGUACUCCACCAUUGAAGUUAUGGCCAGCCAAACCUAGUACGGUAAAGGGUCUUGUGCAAGGGGGAAUUCAUGGCGUGACCGUGGGUAGCAGGGCCGGUGUC